AAACUAAAACCCUCCUUGUCCCCUAAUUCUCCCGUUUCUGAAUUCCCUUCAACUGAAAAAUGAAUUCAAUGGCUGCUAAAAUCGUCAAAUUGUUACGCGUCUCUCCUGCCACAAGACCCUGUUCUUCUCUUGUGAUGGGUGUGCAAGGAAGCUCUAGGUUGUGUUAUUCAACUGGUACAUUUCUUAGUGAUGACGAUGCGCCUGUAAGUAAUACUGAAGCUGUAGAAAUUGAUGAUGAUGAUUUUCUUCCUGAAAAGCCGGAUUUGCAGCUGCAAAGUGUGGAUCCUAGAAAGGGCUGGAAUUUUCGGGGUGUGCACAAGGCUAUUAUAUGUGGCAGAGUUGGGCAAUCUCCUGUGCAGAAAAUAUUGAGAAACGGCCGAACUGUAACUAUCUUCACAGUUGGAACAGGUGGCAUGUUCGAUCAGAGAAUCACGGGAGACAGAAACUUGCCUAAGCCUGGUCAGUGGCAUAGGGUCGCGGUGCACAAUGAUAUGCUUGGGCAGUACUCCGUUCAGCAACUUACCAAAAACUCCUCAGUCUACAUUGAGGGUGAUAUUGAAACCAGAGUCUAUAAUGAUAGUCUCAGCGGUGAAGUUAAAAGCAUCCCAGAAAUUUGUGUGCGCAGAGAUGGGAGGAUUCGGCUUAUAAAAGGUGGUGAAAGUGUCAGCAGUAUCUCUAUUGAUGAGCUCCGAGAAGGAUUGAUGUAGAAGCUCAUUGGUAAAUUAUCCACAUAUAGUAGGCGGUUGGGAGUGGAAGGUGGAGGAAGCAGCUGAGGAGUAACGUGUUGUUUGAAAUAUAUUCUGCAGUGACACAAAAGUUUUUUCUAUUCCAUCUGUCACUUGAAUAAUGUCAGAUAUUAGUUUGCCCUCAACGACUAUUGUCCAUCUUCUCUCGCUUGUAUUUUGUUCAGAAGCAGGAAGAGAUGUCCCUUUUGGAUCCACAUUAUUUAGUGGGUAGUUGCUUCAUUCGCCAAAAGCUGUGCAAGAUGUUGUUCAAAUGAUUGAAAUAACUAGGUGUAACUGUGAAAGAAUAGGUGUACAAGUGGAAUGAAGUGGUGGCUACUCAUUCAUAGGUAAUCUCUUAUCCACUUCUAUUCUAUGAAGUUAAUACUAUGGUACUAGAUGGAGUGUUAAAACUUUCUGUUUGUAAAUCUGCAGCAUCGGUAGACUUGUUUUUGGCCAUUUAUGGUAGCAUACCCUUUUCAGA